AUGAAUAAAUCAAUACAACAAAAUUUAUCGAAGGAAAUCGAACUAUCAACAAAUUCAAUUGUUGAUCAAGAUUUUGAUUCGAAUAUGCAUAUUAAUGAAAAUUUAUUAUUAGAAGCACAAAUAGAAUCAUCACAUCCUAAUUCAAAAAGUGAUAGUUCAUCACCAAAAACUCCUAAAAGUCCAAUUCAAACUACAACUUGGUUAUCUUCUUGGUCAUCACGUAUUGAAGCUGAACCACCAAAAGAAUGGAGAUGUCUUCAUCCAAUAAAUGAAAAUAUAUAUGAUGAAGAUGAAGAAAAAAAAUUAAUUAAAAAAAAACAUAUGCGUUAUCUUAUAUUAAGUAAUUGUGCAAGUUUCAUACUUGGCAUGGGCAUUAUGUAUUUAUGUGUACGUCGUUAUCUUCGUAUGAAAACGCCUUACUUCUAUUCAUUAGAUUGA